AUGGAGGCACCGGAGCUGCAGCUGACAUCCCUGGGAAUCUCUUCUGCACAGAGAGACCUGGGGGAAAGCUCCCCCUUUUCUAGCCUGAGGAAUCUGAGCUCUCUCCACCUGGGCAACCCGCAGUUCUCCACAAUAAGGCAAGGGAACUUUGAGGGCAUUGAGUUUCUUGACAAGUUGUGGAUUGACGGUGGCAAUCUCAGUCAGUAUGAGCCAGGAAGUUUGAAAUUAAUUAAGAAGAUAAAUCACAUGAUCAUAAACGUAAGAAGUAUUAAUAUAUUCUCAGCAAUUGUCAUGGACAUUCUGCACUCUGUCACUUGGUUAGAAGUGAGAAAAAUAGCAUUCAGUAUACCUGCUGAAAUGCAACUAUUCAGAGUUAUGUCGUCUUCUUUUGCAAAGAAAAUUUCCUUUAAACAGACCUUAUUAACAGAUGCUACUGUGCCUGAGAUUGUCAGCAUUUUAGAAGACAUGCCACAGUUAGUGGAGGUGGAGAUGAUAGACUGUAGACUCUUGGGAACUGGACGAUGGCAAACACAUAUUAAAGCAAACCAAUCACAUACUCUUAGAGUUCUGACAAUAGAGAAAUUAUCUAUAGAAGAAUUUUAUUUGUUUACAGAUCUUCAUGCUGUGCAAGGUCUACUAUCUCUUCUUACCAAAGUCACAGUUGAAAACACCAAGGUGUUUUUGGUACCAUGCAGACUUUCACAACAGCUUCUGUCAUUAGAGUAUCUUGACCUUAGUGCAAAUUUGCUCGGAGACCAGAGUUUGGAGCAUUCAGCCUGUCAGGGUGGUUGGCCUUCACUACAAACUCUAAAUUUAAGUCAGAAUUCACUGAGUGACUUAGAAAUGACGGUUAAAAGUUUGUCUCAUCUAAGAAACCUAAUUCUCUUAGACAUUAGUCAAAAUAAUUUUGGUGAUAUUCCAGAUGUGUGUGAAUGGCCCCAAACCCUGAAACAUUUAAACCUCUCCAGCACUCAAAUUCCUAAACUAACGACUUGCAUUCCCCCAACGCUGGAAGUUUUGGAUGUUAGCGCUAACAACCUGAAGGAGUUUGGAUUGCAACUCCCAUUUCUCAAAGAGCUGUACCUUGCAAAAAACCAGCUGAAGGCCUUGCCUGGUGCCGCACCCGUUCCUAACUUAGUGGCCAUGUCAAUCAGAAGAAACAAGCUCAACGGUUUCUCCAGGGAAGAGUUUGAGUCCUUCAGGAAAAUGGAGCUGCUGGACGCCAGCGACAACAACAGCGAGUGGUGCAAAUACGAGCUGGACUUCUCGCACUUCCGCCUCUUUGACGAGAACAACGAUGCAGCGAUUCUCGUCCUCCUGGAGCCCAUCCAGAGCAAAGCGAUUCCCAAGAGGUUCUGCAAGCUGCGGAAGAUCAUGAACACAAAGACCUACCUGGAGUGGCCUCUUGAAGAAGAGCAGCAGGAGAUGUUUUGGUUUAAUUUGAAAAUAGCUCUAAAAUCCUAG